GAACUGUGGGCAUUGCUCUUCCACCGCGAUUGGCGCUGGCUGUGCGCUGAUGGACCCUGCAGUUGCACGACCUACAGGCAGAGCCACCGGCGACUUACAGAGAAGGUCGGAAGCUGCCGUGCAGCCUUUGUGGUGCUGGGCGGAUGCGUGCGGAGAGCCGGAGGGCGCCAUGCAGACGGAACGGUGGCUGGAAUGCACCGAGAAGUUUCUGUGA